AUGUUCGAAUCAAAAGCAAGCUUCGAAGAGGAGCGUCGCGAAGAGGGACAACAGGGAGGCAAGCUGGACGAUUUGUUAGCCACUCCCAUCAAAUACCACGGUGGUCCCGUGCUGAGCGGCGAGACGUUGAAUAUAUACCUAAUAUACUACGGUUACUGGCCAGCAAAAAUCGGACAGAAUGUGAUCGAGAAUUUUAUUCAGUCGCUGAGUCUAAAUGGCUCCGAUGCUCAGGGGGGAGCCGGGGAUCCGAAAGUGAAGCUGGCAAAGGUAGUCUACGACCAAGGGUCUCAAGGGAAGAAGUUUGACUACAACACUCCCUGGAAAGUUGUCAUGAGCAAGAUUGGCGACGGAAAACCGUUCCCCUACGACGCCAAUGGCAUCUACAUGGUUCUCACCGGCAAUAACGUGGACAAUUCUGGCUUUUGCAAGAAAUUCUGCGGGUGGCACACGAUGAAUCGUCUCGGCGGAUCGAAGCCUGUCGCGUAUGCUCUCGUGGGUCAUCACGGAUUAUGCCCGGAAAAGUGCGGGGCGAAGCCGACUUCGCCCAACGGAAAGCCCUGGCUCGACGCGAUGGUUUCGACUGUCGCUCACGAGAUCGCGGAGGCUGCGACGGAUCCUGAUUCCAGCAGCGGCUGGAUGGACUCUAAACGGGAGGAAAACGCGGAUAAGUGCAGCUACAACUACGGAGUUACGCUAACAGUUCAGAACGAAAAGGGUGAGGAUGCAGAGUACAACCUCGUGGGGCUCAACAACAUGAAGUUCCUGGUGCAGCAGAACUGGGACGUAACGACGGGCGCGUGCGUACCCCAGACGACGUCGUAG